AUGGUAGCUGCGUCUGUAGUCAUUCCACACAUGCUCCCGAGCAUUGCCUCACGACAAACGAGACCAGUACAGAGUAUACACUCACAUAUAACGGUUGUGUGGAAUAUAAUAAAAAAACAAACAAUGGGUUCCAUCACGAUCAUACUAGCUGUAUUCGCCGUGUUCGUCGCUUUUACAGAUGCUGCUUCUGGAAGUUGUCCAUUACCUUCCAAGAUCUACAGCUGUAGCCCCAAGUGUGUCCAGAACUACGAUUGUAGUCACGGCAAGGUCUGCUGCCCCAACUCCUGCAACACCAAGUCCUGCGUAGACCUGGCAGCUGUAGGGGGCGCUAAUAAUGGCAAGGAUAAAUAUUCACAAUCUGGCGGCGCCGGUGUGUACUGCAACAACCAGAAAUGUAAUUCAUUUGAAGUAUGCAAGUUGGAUCCCGCCACCAAGAAGAUGAAGUGUAUGAGGGCUUAG